AGGCAAAUAGUGUUGUGACAUUCAUUCAAGCCAUGGCGCCUCUGCCCCAACUGCUACAGAGGCGCUUCCUCUGCCAAAAAACCCACACCACCAACAAAUGGAAGACCGUAAAACAAGUGACCAAGUCCAACUUCGCCGACACUCUCUCUGAUCUCAAAACCCACAUCGCCGAGUCCGAUUUCAUUGCCGUGUCCUUGCAAAGAACUGGCGCCGUGUCCGCCCCUUGGCACCGUGUCCUCCCCUUCGACACGCCCGACACGGCUUACUCCAAGUCCAGACACGCCGCCGACCGCUUCCAGCUCCUCCAGUUCGCCGUCUGCCCCUUCUCUAUUACCUCCGCCUCCAAACUCAGAGCUCACCCAUAUAACUUUCAUUUGUUCCCUAGGGAUGAACUGAAAAUAGGGAUGCCAUCUUAUAGCUUUUCAUGUCAAACGUCAUAUUUGACAACCAUGGCUAAAGAAGGUUUUGAUUUUAAUGCCUGCAUAUAUGAUGGCAUAUCAUACUUAUCUAGGGCACAAGAGUCCGCAGCUAGAGUUCGGAUAGGGAAUCCAACACCCAUCCCUCAUGUUGUGAAAUCUUCUUCUAAACCUAGUGUUGCUGAUGCAGUAUUCAUUGAGAGGAUUAAGUCUCGUGUUAAGUAUUGGAGAAAUGCAUGCAAAGACAGCAAAGACACAAGCUCAAAGACGGAUGAGGCUCUAGUGAGAUCCCUAAGAAAACUUGUCUUAGGGAGUGAAGAACAUGGAUCAAGACCAUGCAUUAAUAUAGAUGUUUGCAGUGAACGUCAAGUGCAGCUUGUGAUAGAGAUGUUGGAAGAUUUCUCUGAUGACCUUGUUCCUUUAAUAAUCCCUGGAAAGGGUGGAGCAACCCAAGAAGUUCGUGUCAUUUUGACAAGUUCAAAAGAGGACAAGGUGUUAUUUCAGAAGGAGCUUCAAAAUAUUGAAGAGGAACAAAACAAAAAAGUUCGUGGAUUUCGAGAGGUGAUCGACUUGAUUUCUGCUUCACAGAAACCUGUUGUCUCCCACAAUUCCCUUAAUGAUUUUACAUUUAUUCAUUCAAAGUUCCUCGCCCCUUUACCUCCUAAUUUUGAUGAGUUCAUGUGUACCUUGCGCUUGGUUUUUCCACAUGUACUUGAUAUCCAGCAACUGAUGAAGGAAAUUGGCCCUUUGAGAAAAGUUACCAAUAUACCUACAGCUAUUUCCUACUUAAAAGAUCAUUUCUUUGCACCCAUCGAUAUGGAAAUUCUGCAUGAAGAUACUGUGAAUGAAGGGAAGAUUCAUGGACAUAAUGUUCUAAGCAUUUCUCAUUUGUUUGCGAAGCUUUGUUCCAUAUUGAAAAUUGCUCCCAUCCAAUCGGAUAACAAAAAUUUGGUUCCGGCUCUUGAAAAAUAUGCAAACAUUUUAACUCCAUGCUCCUUGAGCCCUCAAGAAUCAACUGAUGAGGACAUCAGGGUUUGGACAAACAAUACAAGAAAAGUGAAUUGUGAGCAUUUGGUUUUCUUGUGGGGAUUUAAGUGUGGAAUGACUGCUGGAAUGCUGAAAAGCUUGCUCCAAGGGUCACAUGAUGUUUUCUCUAAAGAAUUUGAUGUUCGGUUAGUAGAUAAGAGCUGUGCCAUUGUUGUUUUCUGGAAACCUGGUUUGUCAGAAACUUUUAUGGAUUUAAUAAAUAGCAAAGAGAUCUGUGGAUCUUUAGGCGAGAUGGUCUCAGAAGGCCUAAGAGCAGCACAUUAUGGAACUUACAAGAAAGUUUGUAGGUUAGGUAUAUUGGAGGCAGAUUUGGCAAGGUCCUUGGAUAAAGCUUUGGAAGAACCUGAUUGCCUCUGGCAAGGUGAUUCUGAAACAAAUCCGUUGGAAGUUUACUGGUAUAGUGACUCUAUUAUUAACUUUGAUGACCUUUGAGAUGUGGCAUUCCAUUUCUUGAACUAGAAGUUGACAUUGACAAAAGAUUGAUGCUACUUUAACUUGCUGGCAAAGAACAAACAAUUGUUCUUGUCAAUUCUGAAAUCAACUUUAUUCACUAUGUGGAAGUGAGGUCCUAGGUUUACAGGUUUCACACAGUUUUGAACUUACAAAAGUAAAUGAAAGUGAAGGUUGUUGAAUAGCAGGUUCAAAUGAGAUCAGUUCACACCAAAUGAAGCUAUAUCAGCUAAAUUUUGUUGCUAUUUUAUAUAUCUCUCCAUUAUGUACUGAGGCAUUUUUAAUGUAUUUUCUGCAUUGCUGCCUGUUAUAUUUCCAUGUCCUGAUAAUCUGAUAAUGUGUAUGGGAGAUUGCAUACCCAUUAUGGAAUGUCUACCUGUUACAUUCAAUUCAAGAGCAAGGUUUUAGAGAAGAGAACUACUAUUUAUUUUCUCAAUGCUGUGAUUGGGAGAAAUUUGGAAGGAAAAGAGAGAGUUUGAAGGGAAGUGAGAAGAAAAGUCCAAUGUUCUGCCAUUUACUUUCUUAUUUUCUAGAUAUGUAGAGAAGUUAAAAGUUGUUGGUCUAGCUAGAUUAAACCAUGUGUUUGGACGAAGGAAUUGUUAUUUACAGAAAUUGUCAAAUGAAAGGAUUUAAACUCUUUUCCAGUUA